AUGGCCGACUACUACUCCAAGUACACAUUCGUCAGGAAACUACCCAAGCAAUGUCCCAGUAAGAAAAUAAUAGAACUGAUCAAAGAAAUCUUCAGCAAACAUGGAAUACCCAAGGUUGUACGCUCAGACAACGGUCCUCACUACGACAGUUACGCAUUCAAAGAGUUUGCAGAACAAUACGGAUUCCAACACAUCACAAGUUCUCCACACUACGCACCUAGCAAGUCAAGACCUAUCGAAGCAAGUCAAGACCGUAAAAAAGACCUUACAAAAKCACAAUCAACUAAGGCAGAUCCACACAUUGCAAUGUUCAACCUAAGGUUUACAWCCAUUGACAACAAGCUGCCCUCAACUGCAGAAAUUCUCCUAGGCAGAUCAAUCCAAGAUAACCUUCCARGGAAGAUUGCGAGAGCMCCUMCAAGUGAUGAAGUUACGGAACACCUGUUACAUGGACAGCAGCAGCAAAAGUACUGCUAA